AUGGCUGAAGACGCCGCAGCCCUCUGCGUGCGCUGCAAAACUGAGCCCGCAGCCCACGACCUGCGCACGGAAAACGUCUGCUCGAAAUGCUUCACCCCCUUCAUCAGCGCCAAGACCAUCAAGCGCAUCGAGCAGCUGCAGCGCUCGACGCGGGCCUUGGGCCGGCCGGCCGCCGACGCCCAGCGGUACCUGGUCGCGCUGCGACCCGGCGGCGUCAGCUCGACGGCCCUGCUCAGCGUACUGUGGGACAACGUGCGGCAGCAGCGGGCGCGCGGCCAGCGCGUCAAGUUCGACGUCGUCGUUGCCGUGGUGGACACGGACCUAUCCGUGGAGGCUGAUGAUGUUGAACGCGAUGACGCUGGCAGCGGUAUUGUGGAAGAGGGCAGGGAGGACGGACAGGCAACAAGGCGCAGGUCAGAGACCGAGGUCCUGCUGGACGCCUACCGGGCGCGGUUCCCGGACGUCGAGUUCACGCGGAUCCCGCUGGCCGACGCGCUGACGCUGGACACGGUUUCGUGGGCCGCGCUGCCGCGCGACUCCUCGGAAUCCUCCCCCGUAGCCAGCGCCCCAGCGCGGCGCUUGGCGGGCCUGCUGGCCCGCCUGCCGUCGACGACGUCGCGCGCCGACGUGGUGCGCCUGCUGACGCGGCACCUGCUGGUGCGGGCGGCGGGGCGCGCGCGCUGCGACGUGCUGCUGCUGGGCUACAACACGACGUCGCUGGCGGCGCUGACGCUGGCCGAGACGGCCAAGGGCCGCGGGUUCGGCGUGCCGUGGGCGGUGCAGGACGGCGAGAUUUCGCUGCCGUCGUGGACGGUCGAUGGUGAUGACACUCGCAAUGAGGCGGAUAACGACGACACGAAAGAGAACGGCGAGACUCACAGCAGCAGCAGCAGCAGCAUCCCCGUCUACCACCCGCUGCGCGAGCUGUUCCGCAAGGAGCUCGUGACGUACACGGGGCUGACCGACCCACCGCUGACGCCGCUGCUCCCCUCGCUCGCCGGGUCGUCCUCUUCGUCGGCGCGCGCCGUGGUCUCGCAUAAGGACCUCAGCAUCGACGACGUCAUGACGCGGUACUUUGGCGAGGUCGAGGCGAGCUACCCGUCCGUGGUGGCCAACGUGGAUCAUGAUGACAACGCGUGCGAUGGCGAGGCGGAGGCUGCGUAG